CACUUCUUCUUCUGAUAAAUCAUCCAAGCGCAACAGCAACAAGCGACCUCCGACGCGCAGGCUCGUGCGCCACCUUCUCCGUGCUCGUGUUGAGGCUACUCGUCAACUCGCUGCAUUCCUCCGAAAGGUCGACAAGGAAGGUGUCAGGGUUGCAGCUAGCGGUUUCCUUGUCGACGUCUACGGUGGCGGACAUGAUAGCCUAUUCACCGAUCCUCCGUAUGGUGCAGCUGUUGUAGGAGAUGAGACGGCUGAACUCUAUCCUUCGGGUUGGCGCCAUGGUCGUGAAGUUAUUCGGUAUCUCAGGGACAAGGGUGCGAUGGUGAACAAGAUUAUGGCUGCAGAGGGAGGCGACUUUGUGGAGGAUGAAUGGGCUGCGCUUAGCAGUGAUGGAGAGCUGUCUUCGCCUGAAGGGUUGAAGCAGCCCAAGGAAGAGCAAGAACUCGAGUGGGUGGUCCCUGGCCGCAAGUGA